AUGAUCCAAUUUGGCUUCCUGCUGUUUAUCAUUGCUGCCACCAGAGGCUGCAGUGCAGCUAAAGACAAUCCUGAUCCCACCAAGUGGAACAAUUCUUUAUCUUCACCUCCUUUCAGAAGUUGCAAGGAAAUCAAGGAGAAGUUCUAUAAUGCAUGUGAUGGCCUAUAUUUCCUCCGCACCAAGCAUGGCGUCAUCUACCAGACCUUCUGUGACAUGACCACUGCAGGUGGUGGCUGGACCCUGGUGGCUAGUGUGCACGAGAACAACAUGGCUGGGAAGUGCACUGUGGGCGAUCGCUGGUCCAGUCAGCAAGGCAACAAAAAAGACUACCCGGAGGGGGAUGGCAACUGGGCCAACUAUAACACCUUUGGAUCUGCAGAGGGGGCCACAGGUGAUGACUACAAGAACCCUGGAUACUUUGACAUUGAAGCCAAGAACCUGGGUAUCUGGCAUGUGCCCAACAAGAUCCCCAUGCAAAAUUGGAGGAGAAGUUCCCUGUUGAGAUACCGCACCUUCACUGACUUCUUCCCGAGUCUGGGACAUAAUCUGUUUGGCCUCUACCAGAAAUAUCCAGUAAAAUAUGGAGGAGGAAAGUGUUGGACUGACAACGGUCCCGCAUUGCCUGUGGUCUAUGAUUUUGGUGAUGCUCGGAAAACAGCCUCUUAUUAUUCCCCCAAAGGCCGCAAGGAAUUCACUCCGGGAUUUAUCCAGUUCAGAGUGUUUAACAAAGAGAAAGCAGCCAAUGCCUUGUGUGCUGGAGUGAAGGUCACUGGAUGUAACACUGAGCAUCACUGCAUCGGUGGAGGAGGGUACUUCCCAGAGGGAAAGCCCUGGCAGUGUGGAGACUUCUCUGCUUUUGAUUGGAAUGGAUAUGGAACUCACACUAGGUACAGCAGCAGCCGAGAGAUAACCGAAGCAGCCGUGCUUCUGUUCUAUCGUUGAGAGCUUUGUGGUAUGGGAUCCAGACUUCUCCCAACUCCUGAAGAUGUAGAAAAACUUAUUUAGAAUGCUAAUGACAUAGGAAAGGAAAAUAAAUGGUGUUCAUUCAA